AGGACGACGUACAACCCGGUUCGGCUACGACGUCGGACAUGGUGGCUGACGAGCGACCCUAAGCCCAGUUUUGGGCGCACGAUGCAAGAUAUCACCCUGGCAGAGGAUACUUCAUAGGCAGCCGCGAAUACACAAUCUCUUUGCCCGUCCGCAUCUCUCCUUCACCUUUCGACGCGUAAAUAGUCGGGGUUGUACCGCAUCGUUUAGAACAUCGUAUAUCGUCGUUACACUGCACGGGCUCGAGGACUACUCGUUCAAUGUUGCUAAUAGAAGGGCAUGGAUGGUCGUUUUCUUCAUGGAUGGCGGUGCUGCAAAUUUUUAUACCUGUGCAUUCUGUAUAUCUAUUCAAUUUUGCGCCCGCUUAUACGACCUUUUCACAGUUGGUCCCCAACAUUCGAGACGGUACCACUGUGGGCUUGCUCAUGAACUUCUGUUUACAACGAUAUCACCUCCUCUUAUCCAACGACUCGCUUCCAACUGGUUUAGCUCUCCUGCAGACGGUAAUUCCAAAGACCCUGUUCGAUCUGCUUUUACUAGGCUGAUUCGUACGGACUGACUGGACUGCCGACUACUUGAUAUGGUACCCGAGCUUCCCGAAAGUGUUGAAAGUGGCAUAUCUCCCCGGUGACCAGAGUAUCAAAAUAUUUUGCUAGGGUGAACCUUGCGUGAUUGGUGCAAGAUUGGUGUUGACGAUUGACGGGAAAGAAUGAAGGGAAAGGAAAGGAGGCUGUUGCUC